GACACUAUAUUAUAUAGAUAAAGUAUCUAUAUAAAAUGGGAUGAACGAAACGAGUAUGCAGUUUCUCUCGUGAUAGCGCACAAUUCAAUUGAAGAAUAUUACUUGUUGCCCUUUUAAAAUGGCAAAAAUCUAUUUUCUCGUUUCUAUAAUGUUCAUCGUGGUAACGGCCAAUCUGACUGUUCCGGUCGAAGAUACUACAUUGGAAAAUUUAUUAGAACUCGUAGAAAACAUAGAAUUGAAGGAGAAAGACACGACCGAGGAACGAGCAAAUAGACAACGUCGAGUGACUUGUGACCUUUUAUCCUUUCAUGGAAUAAUUGGUUCCUCGGCUUGCGCGGCGAAUUGUCUGACCAUGGGAAAAGCAGGUGGAUAUUGCAAAAGCGGUAUUUGCGUGUGCCGCAAAGAUUCCUUUGCGGCUCUUUGGAAAAAACGAUUUGGUUAAAAUUAUGACCAAAAUUUUUUCUUUUUUUUUAUCCAAAUUGAAAUAUCGCUAGGAAAUAUAUUUCUUUCUGUAAUUCUCAUUUAUUCUAUUAAUCUAUCAUCACGAAUUCUUCUUUUUCCUCUUUUUUUUUUGUUUCUUUAGAACUUUCAUCAAACUUUUCCUGUUCGUUGAACGCAUUUUUCUUUCUCUA